ACUAAAUUUGAAGAAAAUCUGCAAUAAUAUAUUUUUUAAUAACAUAUGAUUAUUUUCUAUACAUGUAAAGUUCACCACAAAUACCGUGCAAUAUUUUUCAGAACGUUAUUCAAUUACUCCAUUUGAAUAUUACGCCAAGUAAGCAAAAUAUUUGUUUGCGAAGGCUUUAUUUAACUUUCCAUAUCAGCAAAAGUAAAAGCAGUACACUUUUACUUGAAGGCGAAAGUCUACUGCAACAAUGGAAAGCAGGAAAUAAUUAAAAAGCAUAACACUAAGCUGCAACAAGUAAUCACUAGGUUUCUACAGAGUCGCAAUUGAGAGAAUGAGGAGAGAGCGAUUAUUAUAAUCAUAACAGUUAUUUCGAAACUGCAACUCAUUUUAUUAAAUGCGCCACAAAAGCAGACGUUUACUUAAUAGUUUAGUUAGUUAAAAAUAGAAUUGUAGAUAAUAAUAGCCUUGGCAGCGUUUCGAGUCACUCAAGGAUCGAAAAUAGUCGCAUAAUGUGCAAACAGAAGCUUUACAAAAAUCAUCCAUAAAUGUAAUUCUUUUUUAUAUUACAAAGGUCUGCUGAGAGGUCUGCUUCUUCUGAUUGGCUGCGUUUUGAACGAUGACAAAAAAUUGAAUAGGCAAUCAGUCUUAAAUCUCAUUACUUUUUUUAUGGAUUAGCGUGCGUCAGAGCGGAUCGAGUGAGGAUAAAAGAGAAAGACAGCGCGAACAGUGGCCAAAGGGCAACGAGUAAAUUGCACAAUCUUGUGUAUCCGCGGGCCAGAAACCGAGGACGGGUUGGCAGUUGUCGGACGGUUGCCGACGAGGAAGUUGGGAAUCGCGCGAGAGUGUGCGUAAUAGCGCGAACGUAAUUCGCGUUUUUUACCAUUAACUAAGUCGUGACUUAUUAGUGCGAAGAUAAAAGUGAGUGAUUUCUCUAUUUUGACUUCGUCAUCAUCAUAACGUCAUCGUCAUAACAUGUGAUUUUUCUUGAUUCUCAUGUAUAACUGUGAUAAAGUUGGAGGACCAAUAUCAUUUGUGAUAUGUAGUUCUGUAUGAUUUUCGACUUAAUAUAAUACAAUGACGUUGAUAUGUAACUUUUUGUUUUUUUCCGGCUCUUUUUGUAGUACAAUUAUUUUCCGCCCUCGGAAAAUUGAUUCUAUUUUACUGAUGAUACAGUAUUAUUCAUCAUUGAUUUCUUUUGGUUGGUUCUUUGAUGGAUAUUAUUGAAAUAAUAUCUCAAAUUAUGUUAAAACUCACUUAUAAUGAAAUUCUGUGUAUGUUAACACACUAGUAGGUCUAUGCUAUCUAAAAUGUAUAAUUUAAUCGAUAUUUUUAGAUAUCUUUACGGAGCAAUCUCUUUAGCUGUCUGAAUAGGGGUAAAAAUUAAAAUGAUAAAUGUUGAUAUUGACAUCAAACGAUUAAUUAUUUCAUACCAAGAAUGUCUUAAAAAACUAGAUUAUGUUAGAAUAUAUAUACAUACGUAUAAAUUUUUAUGAAGGACUGCAAAUGUACAUGCUUAAUGCGCAAUAUGUUGUUGCACACUUUUUGUUGUUGACUAUUUGCUGACAUCAAGUUGCACGUACGAUUUAAAAUUCUUUAAACAUUACUAUCUUAAAUGUAUACGUAUGUAUUAGAGAGAAUAAGCAUUCAUUUACACAUACACAUACACAUAAUCACAAUUGCAUAAAAUUAUAAUUUCGCUUACCGCUCGAUUUGAUGUCAGUAAUUUCGUUCUUCCGGUUAUUUUCUUCGUUUGUUUCAAAAGAAGCAAUCACAUCGAAAUCAUAUCUUGAAUUUUCCACUCCUGUUAGCUUCACGUACCAUUCCCCUGAAGGAAGGCUGCGCGCGCCGAUAACCACCCCUUUCGUGCUGUGUCCCCCGUUUUGUGCCAACGACAUUAUUAUUCCUAGUCUCUGCAUCGUCCUGUCUGUUGAUAUCAGAAGUGAAAGCCGUUUUGUAGAUGCUGAACUCGACAACUUCAUAGGACAGGAACCAGUCAAUAUUCAAUCGCAAAUCCCAAUAGGCACGCACGAGAAUUCUCCCACGAAUGUAUCUUCUCAGCCAAAAGAAAGUAAGGACACGGCGAACCAGUCGGCGAAACCGGGAUAUUUUACAUCGAUCCUUUCUUCCUUACCGAACUUGUCGCUGUCAUCGACUAAUAAAACCGAAUUGUCGGGAUCGCAAAUAAGCCAGGCACCGGAGAACAUCGGCGGACCGGCACACGAACUUAAUCCUUACGUAUCCUCGCAAGGGCGCCAUGGUUCUCAGCCAGAAGUACCAGGAUUCUUAGCAGUUAAUCCACAGGAUUCUCGGAGUACAGACUUGUCAGGAUUUGCUGCUUUUGGACCACCCGGUAUUGCACCAAACCCUCCGCAACCCGCAGCUCCACCAAAUUUACCUCAACCUGGCUAUGCUCCUGUUUCCUAUCGGCUUGGUAACCAACGGCGCUUGAAGUAUGCACCGCCGCCUGAUCUGACGUCGAACAACGCGAAGCCGUACUCAAGUCCAUCGACGUUUUUCCCAACCCAAAAUGCAUCCGCGCCAUCGACUAUCUUGAAUCCGUUCGUGUCGGACGGAUCGGUGCAAGGAUCGGUGCAAAGGAGCAAUCUCGGCGUACAGCAGCUUAGCUCCUCAACUGAGCAACUUCCAACGUUCGAGCAGUUGUCGCGGAAUAGCUCUCUCCAUAGCUCAUUCCGAUCUAGUCCAGUCCCAACAGGAACAGCGUACAGCUCGAGCGUAACGCCUGCAAAUCAGAGCCCAUUUCCCGAGACAUCUGCACCAUCACAGUUCGUUUCGUCAUCUAGACCGAUACCAGGGCGGGUGUUGGAACCAGCUACGCCGCAGAACACUCCGGCCAACGUGUCGUUUCCUGGCUUCGUUCCUUACGUGAAUCGGGAUCUACCAGCAUCCAAUUUGGACAAGGAGAUAGCUGCAUUUAAGAGUUCUAAUCAGCCGAAGUCACCGCCAGAAUUUUCGAGGGGCGGUGUCGUCGAACCGACAGCAGAGCCUGCGAAUAAACCAUCAUUAAUAUCAGGGGAGGCCGACGCGACAUUUACGCCGAUAUCAGCAGCCAAGGUGACAGAGAAGUUAGAGCACUUGCUCGCAGAGCAGCAGGAAGAUUCCCUCUGUGAAGCAGCUGUCCUCGAAGCGUCCACGGAGGUCGACGAAAUCACGUCUAGCAUCGCUACCGAGCUAACGAAAUCCUUCGAGCCGCAAACGCUGCAGGCUGCAAAUGAGUCCGUCGAUAAGUCAUGCGCGGUAAAGUCAAACGACGCUCAAGGAAAAACCGCUGAACCUAAGAGUAACACCUGGAGUGACGUGUUUCUUGGGCAAGAGCCAACGACGCAAUCGGUGAUACCGGAAGUACACACAGCCGAUAACAAUCCGGUCGUAACGGAUAUCCAGCAAGCGGUUAAAUCGAACGCGCAUCCGGCUCAGCUUUAUCAAGUGCAACCGAUAUCUAUACCAAGCUCCACUUUUUGCACAAACAAGCCUGCCGACCAAAAGUCAAGUUUGAAUAGCGUAUCGCCGUUCUUGCAACAGACUAGCUCUUACAAUCCAUCGAAGCCGGCGGAGCAAUCUGCAUUUCUUGAAUCAACGAAACCGGAUCCAUUCCCAAAUUUUCAGUCUCAGGAGAGUAAUGCACUGUUUGGCCGACCGACGACUGAGGUGACAAAUCCGCAGCAUCGAGAAAAUCCUGCGUUCAGUUCUGCAGGGAUCAAUCCCACGGCUCACGUGGCGCUUUGGAGCGCCGAUCAAUCUUCUCAGUCACAAAUAUUAAACACCGCACCCCCCAAUCAACCAGUGUACACCGCGAGCAGUCGAUCAACAGCGCCGGUAUUUUAUAAUCCCACCCAAUUUGCGAAUGAGCCGCCUAAACAAUCGAUUUUCCCGCAUACGUACGACCAACAUUCUCUCCAACAGCAAUCAUAUCAAAGUUCUCCCUUUUAUGGGAAUACCAGUGAACUGCAACAGCCCUACGUUACCCCUGAAAAUAAUACCGCGUAUGCCUCGCCUGUUGUCUCUAUGGUAACGACAGUUCCCGAGCCCACAGGAUCAGCUACACUCAGCCCUGUUCAAAUGUCGGUUAAUUCACCGACCAACCGCACCACGCCGGAUACCGUCCCACCAAGUUUUCAAAAUUGGGCCUCUGGGUCUUCCGAUAAACGUAUGCAAUACAGAGCAGUAUAUCAUCAUUGGUUCUACCGCAAGGAGGUGGAGAGCAAGACACUAUGGCUUCCAUUUUCCAUGCGGGAUAGCUUGCAGUUGGAAGAAGUUCACAAUUCCAGUGAUAUCACGCCUGAAACUACAGUCGCUACUGAUGGCGGUCGUUAUGACGUUGAUAUCUUGCGCCGUCAAAGAGCACCCGUCUAUUGGACCGGUUCCUCUACCGAAGUUAGACGAUGCUCUUGGUUUUACAAGGGAGCUACUGAAUCUAGAUACGUUCCUUACAACGAAAGUACUGCUGUAAAACUUGAGGAGGAAUACAAGCAGGCAUGCUUCACGAAUAAUUGGAGUCGAAGAGUCGAAUUAAAUAACGGAGAGUACAUUGUCUUCCAUAGCGCAACAGUACAAGUUCAUUAUCUACAACCGAAUUCUCCCGAAUUGGCAGGAUCAUGGGGAAAUAAUGCAGGUUCAGAGGACAGUACAUAUUUACAGGGUGGUGCCAAUAGACCGAGAAUUGUUAAAAGAGGAGUCGAUGAAUUUAACAUAGACGAGGGCGAGUCCGAAAAAGUGGAUCAUCUUCUGUUCCUUGUUCAUGGUAUAGGUAGCGUUUGCGAUUUAAAGUUCCGCACCGUUGAAGAAGUUGUUGACGAGUUUCGAAGUAUAUCAUAUCAACUGGUGCAAUCUCACUACCGCACCGCGAGUGAACAUGGAGUUGUAAACAGAAUAGAAGUUUUACCGAUCUCCUGGCACACCACGCUUCAUUCCGAUGACACCGGCAUCGACAAGAAGCUGCAAGCUAUCACGUUGGAGAGUAUUCCAAAGUUACGACAUUUCACCAACGACACCUUACUCGACAUACUGUUCUACACUAGUCCCAUGUAUUGCCAAACUAUUAUGCAGACCGUCGGGAAUGAGAUGAACAGAUUGCACGCGUUAUUCAAAGAAAGAAAUCCUAGCUUUAAUGGAGGGGUAUACUUGGGUGGUCAUUCGUUGGGCAGUCUAAUCAUGUUUGAUUUACUGUGCCAUCAGAAACCUUCUGUGGAAGAAGAGCCAGAAAACGAGAACGAUGAAGACGAUACUUUCGAACCCAUUAAACCAAUGCCUGCACCCGUUCUAAAAAGACGCCUUAGCAAAAGAAUUAGCUACGUAAUGGGCACGGCAGGAACCGGUCAACCUUUCAUACAUUAUGCGCAACUCAAUUUUCAUCCACGUGCCUUCUUCGCUCUUGGCAGUCCGAUCGGCAUGUUCGUGACUGUCCGCGGCAUCGACACUCUCGGAGAAAAUUUUACUCUGCCGACUUGUCCGGCUUUCUUCAAUAUCUUUCAUCCGUUUGAUCCGGUAGCUUACAGAGUGGAAUCCUUGAUUAACCCUGAGGCUCAUAAGUUCCGGCCCAUGUUGAUACCACAUCAUAAAGGCAGGAAGAGAAUGCAUUUGGAACUGAAGGAAACCAUGGCACGUGUCGGAGCAGAUUUGAAACAGAAGUUAAUAGAUUCCGUGAGACAUACGUGGAAUUCGUUCUAUCAACUGGCCCUGUUCCAUAAGCCGGACAACCAAGCCCUGGAACGCGAGAUCGACAAAGUUGUUGAGGAGCAGUUGCAGAAUCCGCCGAGUGUCCCGGAGCAACAGAACAACGACGACGACGGUGUCGAUCUGAAGAUAGGGAACCUUAAUGGUGGUCGAAGGAUAGAUUACGUUCUUCAAGAAGCACCGGUUGAAUAUUUAAAUGAUUACAUCUUCGCAAUCACGAGUCAUAUCUGCUACUGGAAAUCCGAGGACACCAUGCUCUUGAUACUGAAGGAAAUGUACGGGGCUAUGGGUAUUCAAGCUGACGCGCAACUUCCUCAACAAACUUUGUCAAUUGAGAGAGUGUCCCCGUCGCCGUCUCUGAACGUAUCAAGCGCCUUGUCGCCAAGUAGCAGCAACGUUGGGACACCAUCACCUGUUGUGGGAGUAGAUCCUACAGUGCCUAUAUCCGGCAAACCCGUUGGUCCACCACCUAAGGCUGGUUUCGUACCGAAAUCGUGAUCGAUGGGAUAUAUUUCGUAUAAUUAUGCGCCGCGAGAUUGAAUUGACAAUUGCGUUGGCAGAGGAAUCACUUUAUCGCUUAGUUGUUUUUGAACAGUUAAGGUUGAUAUUGCAUCUGUUAAUGUUGCGGAGAAAACAUGGUAUUCAGAAAAAUCAAAUCAUCUUUGUAGUUUUCUCUUUUAUUAUUUGUAAAUUUAUAAACUUAAUUAACAAAUUUUAUCACAAAAUGCUAUGUAAGGACAUACAUGUAUAAAAUAUUAAUACUUUUGCGUUAUAGUUGCACUCUUAAUAAAAGAUUAUUCGAAGAAAUUUCUGUUUCGCAAAAACAAUAGUUAUUUAUAAAAAUUGUAUAAAUACAAAAAUUAUGUUUCGCCAUGAUUAUUUUUUCAUUUAAUUAAUAAAAUAUCAUGCUAAGAGUAUGUACAAUGCGCAACACUGAAUUAAAUAUGGCAAAACGUUUAAUACGUUUAAUAUGACAUGUUUUUCUAUAAAAUGCAUAAAAUUGUUACAUGUAUCGCAUCGCGUCGUGCCACAUCUUGUUCGUGAGUGCCUUUUGUUACGAACUUAGAGCAGCGAAAGAGUUAAUUGGAAUAUUACAAAAUCGGCCUACUUGGUCAAUUUUCCUGACAAGCUUUAGUUUGUAGCAAAUUAGUUACUAGAUGUAAAUGACAAAACGAAAACACGAAUUGUAAUUCAAUUUUCUGAUGCGUUUAAGCGACCAGUAAUUUUUCACUAAAACUUGUUUAUUUGUUUAUUUGCAUAUUAUUGACACUUAGGCUGUGUGCAAUUGUAUGACUGGAAAAACGUGUGGAAUGUUAAAUAGAUAGGGAAGACAAAUGUUGGAACGAAGAGACGUGCAAACAAAAGAACGUGUAAAUAAUACACGAUUUAUAGUCGGAUAAAGGAAUAGCAGAUUAUAUAAACUUUUAUAAUUCGCCCUAACAAUAAAACUAUAAGAAUACUUCCUCCUUAUGUAUGUACGUAUUUUAAUAAAUCACUGUAUUCUUUUA